AUGCCCGACGAAGCCAAAACUCUUCAAGCGAUCAAGUUCGACACGGAGAAAAUUAAGCUCGAGAUCUUGGACCAACUAGUUCUCCCCUACUCGACCACGUACAUCCCCAUCGCAACCACCACCGAUGCCUUCCACGCCAUCAAGUCGAUGCAAGUGCGCGGUGCGCCAGCGAUCGCCAUCGUCGGUGCGUUCUCUGUGGUGGUGGACACUUUCAACCACCUCCAAUCCGGCAACGGCGAACGCACCAUUGCCGAUUUGAAACUGGCGUUGGCUCAUUUGAUCAAGUCGCGCCCUACCGCGGUCAACUUGGCCAAUGCCCUAAACGACAUCUCGCUGAUUCUAUCCGCUUACGACGAUGAACACAAGGUGGAUCACGAAGUAUACGAUAAGAUUUACAAGUACGCAGUGCAGUUGUACGACGACGACCUCGCGAACAACUUCAAGAUCGGCGACAAUGGCUUAAACUACAUCGUCGAGUCGCUCAAGCUGGAAAAUUUCACCGGUCCAUUUUCAAUCAUCACGAUAUGUAAUACUGGGUCCUUAGCUACCUCAGGACACGGCACUGCUCUAGGUAUCAUCCGCUCCACCUUUCUGAAAUUGAACCAAGAAACCAGCAACCACGAGUUCUACUUGGAUCACGUCUACCCCUGCGAAACGAGACCGUAUAACCAAGGCGCCAAGCUCACCACGUACGAGUUAGCGUACGAAUCAAUCCCAUUCACGCUCAUCUGCGACAACAUGGUGUCGUCAUUGAUCGCGAGCUUGAGCCACUCCAAAGUCAUCCACGGCAAGUCAUCACCGGUGAAAUUCAUUAUUGUGGGAGCUGAUCGAAUCGUCAAGAAUGGCGAUACCGCAAACAAGAUCGGCACCUUCCAACUUGCGACGAUUGCUUCCUUUUUCAACGCGACGCAAAAUGCAAACAUCAAGUUUAUUGUCGCUGCGCCGCGAACCACGAUUGAUUUAGAUACUGCGGAUGGCGCUGGAAUCAGGAUCGAGGAGAGACCUCAAAAGGAGUUGACUACGCUUGUGGGGCCCGUGUUGAAUGGACUGCAAGUUGGCGAGAAGAUCACGGUUGGGAUCGCGACCCCUGGUAUAACCGUGUGGAACCCCGCAUUCGAUGUGACUCCGCAUGCGUUGAUUGAUGGUAUCAUUACGGAAAAUCCAAAGGCUUACGUCAAGGACAAAGAUGGCAACUACAAUUUAUCCGCAUGA